AUGCCAAUUGAGGUUAGAGAAGCCAAGGAUAUAGAGUUUGAGAAUUUAAGGCAAAAGGACAUGACUGUUCAGGACUAUUACCUCAAGUUCGUGUCAUUGUCGAGACAUGCCCCUCACAUGGUUCCUGAUAUGAGAGCCGUGGUUAGAAGAUUUGUACUUAAGCUUAAACCCAAGUUGUACAGGGAUGCCAACACAGUUUCUCAGAACGACAAGAUGACUAUUUCCAAGAUACUGGCAAUCGUGCAAGAAAAAGCCCUGCAGAAGCAAAAAGAUAGAGAGUUCAGCAAGAGGGCUAAGUCUGCUGGUAAUUUCAGUCAUGGAGGAUCUCAAGGUGAUGACAACCGUCAAUUUUUUAAGAAUAGGUCAUCAAGACCUGCUCCCUCAAUAGCUAGUGCUCCAUUUCAGAGGUCCAAGUUUAACCAGAAAGGCCGGAACUUCGGAAUGGCAGGCUCACAUUCACAGGCCAGCGUGACCAACCGUGGUUUUCAACACCCUACUUGCAACAAUUGUGGUAAGAGACAUUCAAGAGUAUGCCGUUCGGGCAUGGAUAGUUGUUUUGGGUGUGGUCAGUCGGGUCAUUUUUUGCUGGAUUGUCCGUCCGCAUGA